AUGUACAAAACUGAUAUAUACUUGCAUAUAGCAGAGCGUCUGGACAUCAUCGACCACCCGGCUCAUGACCCAGAUUGGUGGCUGGCGCGUAACUCGGCCGGCCAACAAGGUCUCGUUCCGAAGAACUACAUAGAGAAUUUUAUCACGGUUAUUGUCUUUAGCGAUGCGAUUCGUUACAUUCCAGGGCAUAUUGAGAGAUUCUGUACUAGUAUUGUGUAA